AUGCUAAAAUUCAUAAAACAAUGUCUGCUUUGUGCUCAAGCACAACCACUGCAGUUAACUUUGAUGCUCCGUACUGCUGAAAAUAAGGCAAGUUGUAGUCCGAUGGAACAACCGAUCAUUCGACUUAGUAUUAGUUACACAAAGCCAGCCAAUCAAAACGAUGAGGCGCAUCCAACUGGUAGCUGGAGCUCUGGAGGCCAUCAAAAUUUUUCAAGGUCAUUGGUUUUAAUCACUGACACAUGGUCAGAAAUUGGAUCGCGUUUUGAAGAAGUCGUAUGGUGUUUGGCGCACUUUCAAAAGAGAAGGCGGAAAAGUGCCCUGGGUUUUUUUCACUCCAGGAUGUAUAAUUUAUUCUGUGAAAGCAAAAAUCAGAUGUUAGUAGUAUUUUUGUGUACACUGUUUUUGUCACGACUGAUUUAA